AUGACAGAAAAAAGCGAGGGUCCGGACACGACGUCGAUCAAGCCCAUAUCAUCGCUACGAACCAAGUUUGAGCAAUUGGGCAAGGCGCAGGAAGCAGGCCAGUCAUCCCCGGUGACACCUCGACAAGCGGUGGUAAAUGGCAAUGGGACACCUUUCAGCAUAUCAAAGCCUCCCAAUACUGUCAUUGAUAGCAAUGGAAAUGAGACCGGAGCAGUGCAAAAGCCGGCCAGCGGGCAGCGUUCAGAUCCACCAGCUGCCAGACCGACAUCCAUGAUUUCAAUGUCGUCUACGCCGCGCUCGCCGCCAUCGUUGGUCGUCAAUUCGCCUCGCUCACCGCACAAGACGCUUUCCGUCGACCUGCGGCCCAUGGGCACCGGGAACUCAAUCCGACCUUUGACGCCGAGUCGGACAGGAGCAGGAGAUUCGCCUACGAGAAGCCAUGUUCCUGGCGUGAGCAGAACAGCAACGCCUACGUUGGAGGCGCGCAGGAGCGCAUUUCUGCAGUCUGCGGAGACUGCUGCGUCUGAUGUAAGAGUUGAGACAUUUCUUCGCAAGGCAGAGCAGACCGCAGGUCCACCGAUUGUCAACCGUGCAGCGAAGCCAAAGGUGCCAUCCAAGCCACCCACCCUUUUUAAGAGAUCGAUCAACUUGGCUGCGCCAGACACCGGCGCUGAUCUGACCGAUCGUAGCGCUUCCCCAUUUGAGACACCYCCGCCCAGCAGUGAAGAGUCCUCGCCGGAAGAAAAGCCAGAUCCAAUACCACAAGAUCCACCGCAGCGGGCCGGGACUCACUCCAAUGCUUCCGCGAUUCAACGCGUCCGAAACGAUUCAAACGCUUCUUGGGUCCAGCGGAUACGUGGAGAUUCGGACGCUUCGCUUGCCGAACGAUCACGAGCAGGAUCGAAUGCAUCGUUUGUAGAAGCUUCAUCGUUGCCUGACGCUUGGUUGCCUCCGUCAAAUCUCCAUGCAGUGGUACCUCGACGAGAACAGCAAUCGCAAGGGCUUUCAAGAGCACCGUCAAUGCCUGUGCGACACAGACCGACGCAAAGUAGCCGCAUACAAGGGGAUGUCGAGGAAGACAGGCCAAGACUUCCAGCAAGGCCUGAGUUGCAAAUACGGUCUGGCCGCGCCAGCCCGCCGAAAUCUCGAUCUGGCAGGAACAGUCCCAUCAAAGUGCACGCACUCCCGCCCAUGAGGUCUGUUGACGGCUUGAGACGCGCACAUACUGUUGGCCAGGAUUCCCACCGUCGGAUACCAGCUACGAAUACCACCUCAAACGGUGGCCAACGCUCAGCACUUCAUCUUGGUUUUGAUAGAUCCACUCCCACGUCAAAUGCGCCUGCAAUACCUGCACCCCGCAGGUCUGUGGAUCGACGGCGAGAGAUGCCUCCUCCACCUCCUCCGCCCACGACUGCUGGGCACUCUCGGGACGAUGAAGAGGAUGCGAUGCCCGUCGAGAUCAAGAACGAGCCAGUAGAAGGCCUAUCCGAGUACCCCGAUGCCACGCAGGCCAACCGCAGAGCACCAACAUUCAAGAAGCGACCCUGGCAGAUUCCUACCGAAUACGACACACGACUUUUUGCGGUAUGUGGCGAGUACGUGUGUACCACCGGCUACAUUACAAAAGUCUGGAACGUGCGCAACGGGGAAGUGUUGAUGAAUAUGGAGCAUCGCGAAACUACCAAAGUCACUGCUGUUGCAUUCAAGCCUUCGCCGAACAUUGAAGAUGAAGGGAAGCGUAUAUGGCUCGGUACUAAUUCUGGUGAUAUUCACGAGGUUGACAUUAAUACCGAGAGUGUUGUCAAGACAAAGGCGAAUGCACAUGCUCGAAGAGAAGUCAUUCGGAUAUAUCGCUAUGCAUCGGAGCUCUGGACCCUCGACGACGGUGGUGAGCUGUGUGUCUGGAUGCCCGAUCAUAAGGGAAUGCCGAGUUUGGACUCACAAAACACGAAUUGGCGCGUACCCAAAGGGCACACCUUCUCGAUCGCUUCUGGAAAGCAGCUCUGGAUUGCGACUGGGAAGGAGAUUCGAGUAUUCCGACCUGGCGCACGAACAGACUCCGAGUUCCACGUAUUGAAGUCUCCUCUUUCGCAGCCAGGCACUGGCGACGUCACUGCAGGUGCUUGUCUAAGCGGCAAGCAGGAUCUCAUCUACUUUGGCCACUCAGAUGGCAAAGUCACAAUCUACAGCCGCAAGGACUUCUCCUGUCGUGCAGUGGUCAGUGUUAGUGUAUACCGCAUUAGCUGCCUAGCAGGCGUCGGCGACUAUCUUUGGGCGGGUUACAGCACUGGCAUGGCCUACAUCUACGAUACGUCGACAUCGCCUUGGUUGGUAAAGAAAGACUGGCAGGCCCAUGAUAAAUUGAUAUGUGGCAUCAUUGCAGAUCCGUCCGCGAUGUGGAAAAUUGGACGCCUGAAUGUCAUUACUCUCGGUAUGGACAAUCUGCUACGGGUUUGGGACGGUAUGCUUGAGAGCGACUGGGUCGAAUCGCGGAUGGAAGUACGCGAGCCCGAAUAUUGCACUUUCCGCGAGCUUACGGUAGCGGUGUUGACGUGGAACGCUGGAGCCGUCAAGCCCAGCCAUUUGCAACACAGCCUGGACGAUAGUGGUUUCUUCCAGGAUUACAUGCGAGCUCGGGAGCCGCCAGACAUCUUUGUUUUCGGAUUCCAAGAACUCGUUGACCUCGAGGACAAAAAGGUGACCGCCAAAUCCUUUUUCAAAAGCAAGAAGAAGGAUCCUGCUGAAAAGGAACACAUGUCACAUCAAUAUCGCGCCUGGAGAGAUCACCUCACAAAAUGCAUCGACGAGUACAUGCCAAACAAUCAAAGCUACACGCAGCUUCAUACUGCCAGCAUGGUAGGGUUGUUCACCUGUAUCUUCGUGAAAUCUACGGAGCUAUCUCGCAUAAGACAUGUUCAUGCUUCCGAGAUCAAGCGUGGUAUGGGUGGGUUGCAUGGAAACAAGGGUGCGAUCAUCGUGCGCCUGGUACUCGAUGAUAGCAGUCUAUGCUUCGUCAACUGCCAUCUUGCUGCAGGCCAAACGCAAACACUGAAUCGUAAUAACGACGUUGCAGCGAUCCUGGAAGCGAAUGUGCUGCCCCAGUAUCCACUCAACAAUACUGAAGUGGCUCAACAUACCGACGUCUUUGCUUCCGGCGGUGAUGGCAGCAUGAUUAUGGAUCWUGAAAUCUGCGUGCUCAAUGGCGAUUUGAACUACCGCAUUGACACAAUGGGCCGCGACACCGUGGUCAAGCACRUCCAACAAGGGAACUUGGCUAGACUUCUCGAACGAGACCAGCUUCUACUCAGUCGGAGGAAGAACCCAGGAUUCCGCUUGCGAGCUUUCCAGGAAUCGCCAAUCAACUUUGCACCAACGUACAAGUACAAUGUGCAUACUGAUGAUUACGAUACCUCUGAGAAGAAAAGAGCUCCUGCCUGGUGUGAUAGGAUCUUAUAUCGUGGGUUGGGGAAGGUCAGGCUGGAAGAUUAUCGGAGGUGGGACCAAAUUAGAGUGUCCGACCACAGGCCUGUAAGUGGCCGGCUGCGUAUCCGAGUGAAGACGGUUGACCCGGACAAGAGAGAAAUCAUCUGGGAGAAAUGCUGGGCAGAAUUCGAUGGCGUGAGGCAGCGGAUUGCUCGCGCAGUGCAGCUUGAAUACCUGAUAAAUGUUCUAGGGCUGUCCCACAAGGAAGCUGCUGCAGCGCUGAGCGUGCAAUGA